CAACCUACACUCUUUACACAAUCACCGGGUUCUUCUACGCGCUUUUUCCACUUUUUCUAGUUGCUUUUCACGCGUAAAUUUCCUUCCGCAGACAUAAGCUCCCCUAUUCUCCUGAGAUUUCCUGUUGAAAAAUCACAGAAAGUUAAACAAAGAUCAUAACUGGAGAUGGGGUCAGAGAAUUUUCUCACCGUGGUGGCUAAGAACUUCGAUGUUUUUGCAGGGCCUCUGGUUGCUCUUGUUUAUCCUCUGUAUGCUUCAAUUAAGGCUAUAGAGACCAAGUCUCGGGCGGAUGAUCAGCAAUGGCUUACGUAUUGGGUUCUGUAUUCUUUGAUCACACUCUUUGAGCUUACCUUUGCCAAGCUCCUCGAAUGGUUCCCCAUUUGGCCUUAUGCUAAGCUGAUUGCUACAUGCUGGCUGGUACUACCCUCCUUCAAUGGGGCAGCAUAUGUUUAUAAGCAUUUUAUUAGGCCUUUCUACAUGAGCCCGCAAACUUCUCAAAUCUGGUAUAUUCCACGGAAAAAGGAUAUCUUCGGCAAACCAGAUGAUGUUUUAACUGCUGCAGAGAAAUAUAUUGAAGAGCACGGGACAGAAGCAUUUGAAAGGAUGAUAAGCAAAGCUGACAGAGAAGCAAGAGCCAGGAGGAGCAAUUAUAUGAUAUUUGAGGAAGACUACGGAUAUUGACUUCUCUGUGCAGUUGAUAUUUACCGUGUCUUUCUUGAUUUCUUUUGGGUGUUGAAAGAGUUAUAAAUUACGGCAUGUAGUUAUAUAUUGACUUGCCUCACUUUCCCUUCUUUGAGUAUUCAUGGCUUUGGAGGACCACAUGCUGUAACUCUCUUAGUUCUCAUCAAGCUGCCGUUCUUCUUACUUGGAUCUCUACUUUGAAGCGCUCUCUCUGUUCAUGAUUUUGCUCUGUUGUCCACUUGUUCCUACAAGUUUUGAACGAUAAAUUAAUGUAUUUGAGGAGUUAAUCAAUAUGAUUAAUCUAUUUUCAGAGAA